AUUUGCGAAAAAAAAAAUUUUUUUGCAAAAAUAAAAUUGAAGAACCCGCUGAAUGAGAUUUUAGUCCUCCAGGUUGACGAUAGAUAGACCUAGUGAACGGUGUCCAAGGAAACACGCCUACAUUGAAUAUUAGAACCAAUGCCCAGACACACGAGUAGGAAGUUGUUAAUUGCUCAUUCUUAAUAAUCGCCCACUGUUUAUGAAUUCUGUAAAUUUCUUUAAAAAUGUAACAUUAAAUUUUUGCAAAAAGAAAAAAAAACAAAUUUUAACAAUAUGUUAAAUCAAUGUGUGCUCCAAUUGUGCUUUCACUAAAAAAAAUGUUGCCAUAAAUAAUAAAUAAAUUAUUUUUAACAAUUGUUAACUCAAAUUAGUCCGAGUAUUUAGAUUUUUUAUUAAACAAAUAAAUAAAUAUUAGAGUAAUUAUAAUGGCAACUGUCAAAGUGACAGAGCAAAAAGUUAUUCUUUGCGGUGAAUACGGCGUGGGAAAGACAUCAAUUUUUAGGAGAUUCGCAAAUAAUUCAUUUGUUAAUAACAGCGACAGAAAAUCUACACUUGGAAUCGAUAAUAUUGAUAAAGAAUAUGUUGUUGACGAUAGACGAAUACGUCUGCAAUUAUGGGACACUGGGGGUAUGGAAAGAGUGGCAUCGGUUACGUCUAGUUAUUACAAAUUUGCAGAAGCAGCUAUUUUAGUAUUUGCACUAGAUAAUUCCACCUCAUUUCAUCUUCUCUCUCAACAUCUUCUUGAUAUAGUCACCUACGCUGAAAAUGCCAAAAUAUUUCUUUGCGGAAAUAAAAGCGAUCUUGAGGGUGGAAAUCCACAAGUCACUGAUGCUGAAAUGGAACAAUUUUGUGAGCAGUGUCACAAUUUAAUCUCAGCAACAUAUAAAACGUCGUGCAAAUCUGGAGUGGGUAUAAAUGAAAUGUUCGAAGAAAUUGCACAGCAUCUAGUUGAAGCUAAUCGAUCUCGAAUGGACCUUCACGACAUGGAUAAGGACCAUUUUAAAAUUUCUCACGCUGACGAGGCUACCGAACCAUCUUGUUUAUGUUAAGCUCAUUCUCAUUUCUUUUGGCUAAUAGCUUCUUUGCUCAAAAAUGCUUUACGAAGACCGAAAACACACAAAACAAAAAGGUGCAGUGAUAAAGAAAAAUAAUAAUAAUAAUAAUAACAAUAAUAAACUUUAACUCAAAAACGGAACUUUUUCAACAAAUUACAACA